GAUUGACUUCUUCUUCGUCUUCGUCUUUCACAUCUGACUUUCAUCGCUACUCUGCUCUCAUGGCUUCUUCUUCUUCUUCCUCGCGUCGCAUAUGGAGAUACCGCGUCUUCACUAGCUUCCACGGACCUGACGUCCGCAAAACCUUUCUCAGUCAUUUACGCAAACAGUUUGGCUGCAAUGGGAUUUCGAUGUUCAAUGAUCACGAGAUCGAGAGAAGCCACACCAUCGCCCCUGCUCUCAGACUAGCGAUUAGAGAAUCGAGGAUCUCUAUCGUGGUGUUAACGAAGAACUAUGUUUCUUCCAGCUGGUGUUUGGAUGAGCUUUUGGAGAUUCUGAAAUGCAAGGAAGAGAUCGGUCAGAUAGUGAUGACCAUCUUCUACGGGAUAGAUCCUUCUCAUGUUCGGAAACAGACCGGAGAUUUCGGGAAGGUUUUCAAGGAAACAUGUCGUGGCAAAACCGAGGAGGAGAAGCUAAGAUGGAGUCAAGCUUUGACUGAUGUGGGAAACAUAGCCGGUGAACACUUCCUUAACUGGGACAAGGAAUCGGAGAUGAUUGAAAAGAUUGCUAGAGAUGUCUCAAACAAACUAAACAUUACGAUCUCUAGGGAUUUUGAAGACAUGGUUGGUAUUGAAAAACACUUGGAUAAGAUGCAAUCUUUGUUACAUUCAGAUGAGGAUGGAGCUAUGAUUGUUGGAAUCUGUGGCCCUUCUGGCAUUGGUAAGACUACCAUUGCUAGGGCUUUACAUAGUAGGCUGUCUAGCACUUUCCAGCUUUCUUGUUUUAUGGAGAAUCUUAGGGGAAGCUGUUGUAACAGUGGUCUUGACGAGUAUGGAUUGAAGCUGUGUCUACAAGAGCUACUUCUUUCCAAGAUUUUUAACCAGAAUGGUAUGAGGAUAUACCAUUUAGGUGCGCUACCAGAAAGGCUGUGUGACCAAAAAGUUCUUAUCAUUCUUGAUGAUGUCGACAAUCUGCAGCAGCUUGAGGCUUUGGCUGAUGAAACUAACUGGUUUGGUGAUGGAAGCAGGGUUAUCGUAACCACGGAAGAUCAAGAGCUUUUGGAGCAACAUGGUAUCAGCAAUAUAUACCAUGUUGAUCUUCCAACUGAAAAAGAGGCUCGUAAGAUCUUUUGCAGAUAUGCUUUUAGACAGAGCUUACCACCAUAUGGUUAUGAAAAUCUUGCAGAAAGAGCAACAGAGCUGUGCGGCAAUCUUCCUUUUGGUCUCCGUGUCAUGGGUUCAAUGUUACGCGGAAAGAAAGAAGAUGACUGGGAAAGUAUAUUGUGCAGGCUAGAAAAUAGCAAUAUACCAAAGAUCGAUGCAGUACUUAGAGUUGGAUUCGACAAUUUACAUGAGAAGGAUCAAAUUCUGUUUCACCUCAUUGCAGUAUUCUUCAACUACGAAAACGAUGGCCAUGUGAAAACAAUGCUAGCUGACAGUAACUUGGAUGUUAGACUCGGGUUGAAAACCCUCGCCUACAAAUCUCUCAUAAAAAUAUCUACGGAAGGAGAAAUAGUGAUGCACAAGUUACUACAACAAGUGGGCAGACAAGCGAUUCAAAGACAGGAGCCUUGGAAACGCCAAAUUCUAAUUGAUACUGAUGACAUUCGCGAUGUCCUUGAAAAUGAUUCUGGUAGUAGAAGCUUGAUGGGGAUAUCUUUAGAUAUAUCUACAAUCAAAGACGACAUGGAUAUUAGCGCAAGAGUUUUUAAAAGUAUGCGUACUCUUCGGUUCCUCAGGGUCUACAACACGAGAAGUGAUACAAAUGUUAGAGUGCAUUUACCCGAGGACAUGGAGUUUCCACCUCGUCUGAAGUUAUUACACUGGGAAGUAUAUCCGAGGAAGUUUCUUCCUCGUACGUUUUGUCCCGAACAUCUUGUGGAACUACAUUUGGAAGAUACCCAGCUUGAGCAAUUGUGGGAAGGAACCCAGCCCCUCACAAGUCUCAAGAAGAUGGUUUUGGAUUCGUGCUUGUAUCUAAAGGAACUCCCGGAUCUAGCAAAUGCUACAAAUCUCGAAAUAUUGGAUCUGAGUCGUUGCAAGAAUUUGGUAGAGAUUCAUUCCUCUGUUGGAAAUCUUCAUAGACUGCAGAGUUUGGAGAUGGUUUUCUGUAAAAAGCUACAGGUUGUUCCUACUCUCUUCAACUUGACAUCUCUUGAAUCACUCGUGAUAAUGGGAUCCUACCAGAUGAGGGAACUUCCAGAUAUUUCCACGACCAUCAGAGAACUUGCAAUCCCAGAAACAAUGUUAGAAGAAUUUCUUGAAUCAACUAGACUAUGGUCUCAUUUUCAGUGUCUCCGGAUAUUUGGCUGUGCCAUUACACAUCAGUUUUUAUCACAUCCAUCUAAGAGAAAUUUGAUGCUAGUGCGAAGUGUCACGGGUAUUGAGAGAAUUCCAGACUGUAUCAAAUGUCUUCAUGGGUUAAAAGAUCUAUAUAUAUUUGGCUGUGCAAAACUUGCAUCACUCCCAGAGGUUCCUCGGUCGCUCACAACACUAACAGUAUACAAAUGUCCAUCACUGGAGACACUAGAACCAUUCCCUUUUGGCUCCCGGAUUGAGGAUCUCUCUUUCCUCGAUUGCUUUAGAUUGGGUCGAAAAGCAAGGAGACUAAUUACCCAACAAUCAUCACGGGUAUGCCUACCUGGAAGAAAUGUACCUGCAGAGUUCCAUCACCGAGCUAUAGGAAAUUUCGUGGCCAUAUGCUCAAAUGCCUACCGAUUUAAGAUUUGUGCCGUGAUUUCCCCUAAACAGGUGAUGGUGGAAGAUCAAGAUAUAGAAUUACUGUGUCACAUACUCAUAAAUGGUUGCCCCAUGAAGAGCCCCUUGAAGAACAAAUAUGAUCUUGGGAUUACAAUCCAAUCAGAACAUCUGUUUAUAUUCCCCUCCACAUUGCUUACGGUAGACCGACGGCCUGAGCAGUACAGCGAGAUAUUGUUUGAAUUCAGCACCACAUCCCAGGACAUCGAAGUUAUUGAAUGUGGUGUUCAGAUCUUGAGGGACAAAACCGACAUAAGAAGCAGCUACGGAAGCUGUGAAUCUAAUUCAGAACAACUAUUGGAAUUGGAAGACGACCUUGACUAUGAUGCACCAAGAGUAGAUACCAUUAAGGAUUUUGCUAAGUUUCUUUCUUCGCUUCUUAUUUUCCUUUUGAGUUUGAUUCCAAGUGUUCUUUUUUAUAGCUUACUAAAGCAACGUAAAGACUGGAUACGUGAUUAUUUCACAUCUUUCUUUUCCUUCUGAUGUAUUUUACCCAUCAGACAAUGUUCACUAGCUGUGUAUGGACUUCAGCUAUCUACUCGUUUUAAAUUUUGUUAAAUUUUCGAAGGAGCUGU